UGGUUCGACGACGGAAACCUCGUUCUUUCUGCCCAAGGCACGACAUUUCGUGUACACGCAAGCUUACUUUCUCGGCAAUCCGCGGUUUUGCAACAACUAUGCGCUGAUGCGCUGACUUCUGCGGAGAGGAAGAUAUCAGGCUGCCCUGUUCUUUUUCUCCAAGAAUCUUCCCACGACGUUGCGGUACUACUUUCCAUCCUAUAUGAUGGUCAUAGCUUGCAACUAGAGAAUGAGAUUUACUCCUCCUUCUCGUCCGUCGUGGCACUUGCUCGCAUUAGUCACAAUUACCAAAUACACUCUAUCGGAAGGGAGGCCUUCAAACGCUCAGAAUCGGGAUUACUCACCCAGAUCGAUUUAUGGAGGAACCCAGGCUGGGAAAAAUGCUCCUUUCCAUCUUUUGAGCCAGGAGAUACCAUCGCUAUAGUCCACCUUGCCCGUGCGGCAGCGAAGUUACCCCUCCUCGUCACUGCAUUGUACUGCUGUACAAUGAUGGACCAUACGAUCUUGUUGUCAGGGACAACUCGCGCCGACGGCACCUCGGAGAAAUUAUCUGACGCCGAUAUACGACGAUGCUUGGAUUGCAGACGUAAAUUGGCGUCUGUCAAUGCAGUCUCGCGGUCGUGGUUGUUCGACGAAUCCCCGGGGUGUAGCACAUUAUGCAGCAAACCCAAGUCGUGUCGUCAGGAAUUGAGGCGCCUCGGCAGGAAAGCUCUACAAGCCGGAAAAAUCUCUGCUUAUGGACGUGGCGUAUUCGCGGACUUGUUGACUGGAUUUCCUGUUUACCUAUGCAAAGCGUGCCGGAAGAUGAUCGAAGAGAAGGAUGUCGAGCGCCGACGUGGCGUAUGGGCUGAGCUCGCUGAUCUCAUGGAAGUCAUAGAUCCUGAGCAA